UUGCUGUUGUUACUCUGCACACAAUAGCGUUCAAUAUUAUCCUCAUUUCAAUACGAUUUGAAUCUGAUGUGUGUAUUCGUUUCGACCUCGUACGAAACGGUGAUUAAGAUUGCUUAGGUUUUUCCUGUUUCUUCCGCACUAAAGUACCUGCGUGCAGAGGCAGAUAUAAGUAGGGAAGUGAUGUAGUGUGUGCUGUGCAUUGUCACUGUAAAGUGCGUCUAACUAAGCUGAUCGUGGGCUUAUUGUUUCGGCUUGAGGUCACCGGAAAGGUCACACAUGAAUUCUAUUUGAAAUUUAAAUCAGUCCAUAAAAUUGCCACCGCAUCAAAAUCAGAUUUACUUUCAUCGAUUCGAAAGCAACUUUAUGGAGGUUCAAAGUGGAAAGGAAGCGAUGACGCCGAUUCUUGGAAACGACACCGAGGGUAUUCCCUUCAUUCAAAUUGGACAUCACGUAUUGCGUUUGGAUUUGGAGGAUCUGGAUGAUCACUACAAGGAGCGAGCCAAGUGCGAGCUUCGGGAAACGCCGGAGAAGCGAAAGGAAUCAUUGGACAAAUUCAAGAAACUGAUAGAAGAUGAACCUAAUCUUGUAAUCCCAUUAGAUGAUGAUUCUUAUUUGUUGAAAUUCUUGAGACCGUGCAAAUUCUACGAGGAGAGCGCUUUCAAGCGGAUGCAGAGGUAUUAUAGAUUUAUGGCGAAGAAUACUAAAUAUACAUCGAAUUUGAUGCCGAGCACAGUCGAAACUGUCUACGCGAACGAAAUUAUCGAAUUCUUACCGUUCAGAGUAAAGGGUUCCAGAGUUAUGAUCUUGAACAUUAAAAAUUGGAAUCCAAAAGACGUCGGCGUUCCUCUGCUAUUUAAGUCGAUAAUCAUGGCUUUGGAAAUUGCUAUGAUCGAGCCAAGGACUCAAGUUGGAGGCGUGCACGUCAUUCUGGAUAUGGAAGGAUUCACAAUAAAUCACGUUAUGCAAUUUUCACCGAUGGUCGCCAAAAUGAUAAUGGACUUUGUACAGGAUUGCGCUGCGACACGGCUGAAAGGAAUCCAUGUAGUCAACCAGCCGUACGUUUUCAACAUGGCAUACCAAAUUUUCAAACCUUUCAUUGGUCAGAAAUUGAAAAGCAGAUUGCAUUUCCAUGGGAAUAAAUGGGAAAAUUUGGUGGAUCUAAUACCGAAAGAUUUCCUCUUGCAAAAGUACGGAGGUUCGUUGGAAUUGAAUUUGAACGGAGUUGGUGAAUUGCUGGUCGAAGUCUUGAAAUAUUACGAAGCCGACUACGAAAAAUUAACGCAUUUUGGUUACGGUAAAGAGUUGCAAGUAGAACAGAAAUGAUGAGGAUCAAAUUGUUAUUAGAAAUUUAAGGUAAUUUAGUGAAUUCCAAUAUUUUCAUUCAAACAUUUAUAUUUAU